UACACUUCCAACAGAGGCAGGGAAAAUGAGUACCACUUUCGUCCAGGUCUUGCUGGCGUUACUCACAUGCUUGCGGUUCGCAACGGUUCCUGUGGACGCAAAUGUGCAGUGCAUCGGUGUCGACGGCUUGGGACUGUGCGAGGAGUACAAACAUAUCAGAUACAAUGGAUCAUUGGCUGCCUGCAGCCAUAUGUGCGUUCCAUGGAAGGACACUUCGUGCUACCGUAAUGAGUGGGAGCGAGAGCCAUGUCUUGUCUUCGACAAGGCUCCUUUCGGCAGGUGCUACGAUGGGGUAUGCUACGAUAACCAUGUGUAUGAUAGAUUGGUCAAGCUAAGAGCGCCUAACACUCGGAUGCCGUGCGCACAUGGGAACGACUAUUUAUAUAAUUCCAGGGGACCAUUCGGCUGCCAUUUUUACUGCCGCUUACCUCCCAACAAGAUCGUAAGACGUCCCGACGGCAAUGCCUGUCUGAAUCCGAGGAAGGCGGUCAAGGGCGGAUGUAAAAGCGGUUACUGCGUAGCUGGUUACCAGCGAAGUUGAGCAGAGACGAGCGUCAGAAUGGCAUUUGUACGAAAGGAACUGUCCUCGUCUAUGCAAUUAAACACAACAUUCAUC